GUUUUGUUGGGUAAAAGACGAAAAUGGCCUCAUCGGAUAUAUUCAAACAAACAAAUUGGGAAAGAAGUGGAAAAAGCGAAUUGUAAUUGCCUUUAUAUCUACCUUAAAUUGUUGCUAAGUAUCCCCCGCAAGGGGUUGCAGUGGAAGCGUGCGUGAAAAGUGUGAUGGGGAGGAGAGAUUUGAGGGUGAAGCUGCGGGACUCUGGCCUUCGUGCUUUCCGGAGAACAAAAAAAAAGCGCACGCCAUGUCUGUUUUCCGACAGAGUGCUGCCUCCCCCUUCCCGUGUUUUUGUGCACAGCACGCCCGCGGGAUUAACGGCAUCGUCGUGACACGUUGCUCGGGAUGUGCAGGACGAGGGGAUUUGCGUGUGCGGAAGUUGCCGUCUGUGAGGGCGUCACGCCACAAUGGGGCCACGCGGGCCACGCUUCCCGGACUUCCCUGAACUCUCCACCCGGUCGCAGCCUGUCCGUUGUCACCCGGCGGCUGGCGUCCACGCGGCAAGUGGCGCGCCCCUGAAUCCAUUUUCUCUUUUUUUUGGUCUCUCUAUUUCCAGCUUGAGGCAAUGCAAGAAGGCAUUGAAAGAUAGCCAGAGUCCUCUCUUUACCAAAUCCGACCGCAAGGCAAGCAUCUCCCACGCUGUCUACGAGCUCCUGGCCCAUGGAGUCCGCGGUCACCUCCGCAAGGACUCUGUCCUUUCAGCCCUUAGCGAUUUGGCCUACCUCCACUCGGACAUGCCAUCGAUUAUCCUGGAUGUGAUUGGGGUGUUGGAUGCAGAGACGAGCGCCAAUGCGGGGGAUUCAGCGAUGGAGGAGCGUCAGGUGUUCUGCCACAUCGUCAAGGGGACGGAGAAAUUCCUCUCGGAGAAGCUGCUGAAGGAACGUCUGGAGAUUGACACACUGCAGGAAGUGGGAACAGUCAAGAACAGGAAUUUCUACACAAAAUUCAUCAAAGUUAAAACAAAGUUGUACUACAAACAGCGUCGCUUCAAUUUAUUCCGCGAAGAGAGUGAGGGCUAUGCAAAAUUGAUUACAGAACUCAAUAAAGAAAUCUCCGAGACUGUAACAGUGCAGAGUAUGUUGGAGAUCAUAAAAUCCCUCAUUGGGUGCUUCAAUUCGGACCCAAAUCGCGUUCUUGACAUCAUUUUGGAGUCAUUUGAGACGCGUCCGGAUCAGGAUAAGCUCUUCAUACCCCUCCUGCAGGCUUACAUGCCCGAUGGACAGAUAAUCUGCGAGGUAUUGGGCUACAAAUACAGCCACUAUGCGGACAUUGGGACCCCGGAGUCUCUGUACAAAGUCACGGCGAUUCUUCUGCAGAACAGCGUGAUUUCUCUCGAUGAAAUUUAUUCAUGGCUAAGCCCGUCGGAUAAGACAAUCAUAGCGGAUUGGGAGACAGAGAUGACGAAUGCCAAAGAAUUCGUACGAAAACUCAACAUUGUGUCCACAAAUAAGGACAAGGAGCCCGAGAAUGAGCCUGAAAAGGAUGUGCCUCAAGAUAAAUUUACAAAUAACCAAAAGUUUGGUCUCUGUGAGGCUCUUCUGGGCGUUGGGGAUUGGAUAACGGCCCAGCAGCUCAUCAAGAAGCUCCCGGAUCAAUGCACGAUUGUACACGAACCCAUUGCAAGGGCUCUCUGUAAGCUCAUUCACAGCAUAAUUGAGCCUGUUUAUGCGGCAAAAUGUUCCAAGGCGUACAUUAAGCGGAAGCAAGUGCCCCCAAAUCCGAAUCGUUUAGCCCCACCGCAAGUAACGUCCUUCCACAAAUUGCGUGUUCAUGCAUUCCCCAUGUUUAUAGCUCUCGGCCCAUCACUCUACUACGAUCCUGUGUUGCUGUACAAACUCAUACGCCUCAUGAAGGCAAUCUUGCAGGAUGCAGGAGUUGAUGCGGCACAACCACCACCGGCUGGGAGUGAUGCAGAACUUCUCUAUCAUGAUAUUCUUUCGCUCAUGGAUGCCGCCGUACUGCCGGCACUUUCCUACCUCGAUUGCAAUUGUUGCGUAGCAGAGGAGAUUUGGACAGUGCUGAAGUUCUUUCCGUACCAGUAUCGCUUUAGUCUCUAUGCACGGUGGAAGAAUGAGACGUAUUUGACACAGCCGAAGAUGAUUCAGAAGCGUGGAGCGGCUCAGAAGCAAAUUAAGGCGCUCAUGAAGCGCGUGAGUAAGGAGAAUGUUAAGCCUGUUGGACGUCUCAUUGGGAAGUUGAGUCACUGUUCACCGGGAUUCCUCUUUGAUUAUAUCCUCCUGCAGAUUCAAAUCUAUGACAAUCUCAUUGGUCCCGUUGUGGAUUCACUGAAGUAUCUCACAUCCCUGUCAUACGACGUUUUGGGCUAUUGCCUUGUUGAGGCACUGGCGCAAGCAGAUAGGGAUCGUUUUAAGCACGACGGGACAUCGCUGUCAAUGUGGCUGCAGAGCUUGGCGAGUUUCUGCGGUGCCAUCUACAAGAAGUACAACAUUGAGCUAAGUGGGCUACUGCAGUACGUGGCGAAUCAGCUGAAGGCACACAAGAGUCUCGAUCUGCUGAUCCUCAAGGAGGUCGUGCAGAAAAUGGCGGGAAUUGAGGCAGCGGAGGAGAUGACAAAUGAUCAAUUGAGUGCCAUGUGCGGUGGGGAACAGCUGCGUGGGGAAGCGGGUUACUUUAGCCAAGUUCGCAAUACGAAAAAGUCCUCCCAGCGCUUGAAGGAUGCUCUGGCCAGCAAUGAUUUGUCUGUGGCGCUGUGCCUGCUAAUGGCGCAACAGAAGCACUGCGUGAUCUAUCGCGAGACGGCGCAUAGUCAUUUGAAACUCGUUGGGAAGCUCUAUGAUCAGUGUCAGGACACUCUCGUGCAGUUUGGCACCUUCCUCGGGUCCACCUACACCGUUGAGGAGUACAUGGAGCGUCUCCCGUCGAUCCACAGCAUGCUCCAGGAGUACCACAUUCACUCUGACGUUGCAUUCUUCCUCGCACGUCCGAUGUUUUCGCAUCAGAUCAAUCAAAAGUACGAUCAAUUGCGGAAAGCUGAUCCGAAUACGAAGAAACUCACGACAACGCAGAAAUUGAGUAAAUAUCUCGAGGCUACGGCGUCCGUGAUGGUACCUAUUGUGGAGUCUGUGCGUCCAUUGCAUCCGCCCAAGGUGUGGGAAGAUGUUAGUCCGCAAUUCCUCGUGACCUUCUGGUCGCUCAGUAUGUAUGAUUUGCAAGUACCAGCGGAGAGUUAUCAGAAGGAGAUUGCAAAGCUCAAAUUGUUGGCGAGUCAAGUGAUGGAGUCCAAGGAGAUGAAUGCUUCGAAGGGUAAGAAGGAGCAAGAGAGGUAUUUGGCAUUGAUUGACAAACUCCAGGAUGAGCGGAAGAAGCAACAGGAACAUGUGGAUAAGACAUUGCAUCGGUUGUCACAGGAAAAGGAUUCGUGGUUCCUGUCGAGGAGUGUUAAAUCAGCAAAGAAUGAGACAAUAACGCAAUUUUUGCAACUCUGCCUCUUUCCACGGUGCACGUUUACGGCCCUCGAUGCAAUUUUCUGUGCAAAAUUCGUCCAUACCAUUCAUAGCCUCAAAACUGCCAACUUUUCCACGCUUCUCUGCUACGAUCGAAUCUUCUGUGACAUCACAAACUCUGUGACAUCGUGCACGGAGAAUGAGGCAACACGCUAUGGGAGAUUUUUGUGCGCAAUGCUUGAGACGGUGAUGCGUUGGCAUGCCGAUCAGGCGGUUUUUAACAAGGAAUGCGCCAAUUUUCCGGGUUUUGUUACAAAAUUCCGCGUUAGUAAUCAAUUUUCCGAGGCAAAUGAUCACGUUGGAUAUGAGAAUUAUCGGCAUGUUUGCCACAAAUGGCAUUACAAAAUUACCAAAGCCAUGGUUUUCUGCCUUGACUCAAAGGACUACAUGCAAAUACGGAAUUCCUUGAUAAUUCUCAUGAAAAUCCUCCCGCAUUUCCCUGUUUUGACAAAAUUGUCUCAAAUAAUUGAGAAGAAAGUGGAAAAGGUGAAGGAUGAGGAGAAGAAUCAACGGCAGGAUUUGUAUAUUCUCGCUGCGAGCUACAUUGGGCAACUCAAGGCGAAGGCAAGUCAGAUGAUACGUGAAAGUGAUUUCCAUCAAGUUGCCGAUAAGCCGGCAAAGGAGGCGUCAACAACGGAGAAAGUCGUCAAUGGAGACUCAAAGGCUGAGAAAAAGGAGGCAAAAGAGCGUACGGAGAAGAGUAGUAGUAAGUCAUCGGGGACACUGAAGUCAUCCACGAAUGCAAGUACACCAGCACCGGUGGUGGAGAAGGUGGAGAAGGAAGCAACACCCACGGCUACAGCGGCGGCUGCGGCGUCUGCUGCGGCAACACCCAAGAAGGAAUCAACGCGAGAAGGGUCAAAUAGGACGACUCAGGCGAAGGAGAAGACCCCGAAGGAGAUUCGUCGUGAGGAGAGGCAGCGUGAGAAGCGUGAGGAGGGGAAGAGCCGGAAGAGGGACAAGGAGAAGCGAAGGGAACGCAAAGCAGCAUCACCAUCAUCGUACUACGAUGCCCCCGUGGAGCGAUACUACCCGGUUGAGCACUACGAUCACGAGCGGGAGCGCGAUCGUGAUCGUGAUCUGAGCUCCGUGUCGAAUUCGAGCAAUGGAUCGACGCACAGACGCAGCCAGGAGCCGCCUGAGCAAGAGAGUAGAGGUAGGAGGGCAGCUGAGUUUUCGGGUGCAUCGCCAGAUGAUGAGUAUUUUCACGUUACAGACUCCAAGAGGCGCAAAAUGGAUGUUAGCUCCCGGGUUAGUAUUGUGGAGCACUCAAAGCGAUCUUGGCGAUGAUAGUUUUCACAAAUUGAUGGCUAUUGUGAUAACGAGUGACACCCACGCGUGGUUAUAGCCCGCCUCCCAUUUAAUUCCUCUUCUUUCUGCCACUCGAUCUCUCACCACGUGGCCCAUCUGUGUGUGCGGGAAAAGUUGGUGGUGUGCGGGAGGAGAAUUGAAAAUUUAAAAUGAAAAAUGAAAAAAAUUGAAGAGAGAUUUAAAUGAAAAAUAAAUUUUAAAGAUAUGUCAAUGAAAA